AUGAAGGCGGUCCCGCUGUCGAUACACUGGCACGAGGAGAACCAGCCAGUCUACUCCGCCCACUUCGAACCCAACGGUAAACGCCUCGCAACUGCUGGCGGUGACAACAAUGUCAGACUUUGGACAUUAACCGGCGGUGAAGACAAGAAAGUCAACUACCUCGCAACCUUAGCCAAGCAUACUCAAGCCGUCAAUGUCGUUCGUUGGUGCCCUCGUGGCGAAAUGCUAGCAUCCGCCGGUGACGACGGAAAUGUCAUCCUCUGGGUCCAAUCCAACACCCAUUCUACCAAACCUGCUUUCGGCGAGGACGACACCGAGGAUAAGGAAACUUGGCGUCAGAAGCAUAUGUGCAGAUCCAUGGGUUCUGAAAUCUACGACUUGGCUUGGUCACCCGAUGGCGACUUUUUCAUCACUGGUAGCAUGGACAAUGUCGCUAGAAUCUAUGAUGCUCAGAAAGGUUCCAUGGUCCGUCAGAUAGCUGAGCACAGCGCCUAUGUCCAAGGUGUCGCCUGGGAUCCCCUCAACGAAUAUGUCGCUACACAAAGCUCGGACCGAUCCGUUCACAUCUACGCCUUGAAGUCUAAGGAUGGCCAGUUCAGUCUCUCCCAGCAUAACAAAAUAUCUCGUAUGGACCUCCCGGCCACCCGCCGAAACCCCUCCGCCAGUCCGGCCCCUCCAGACCUCGCCCCCACUUCCAGACCUCUCGAUCCCAACCUCACCGUACCCCUUGCUUCGCCGAUUCCAUCAGCGCCGGGUACACCAACUUCUUUCGGACUGCCCAUGAACCCACCCGUCGUCGCACAUAGUCGUGCCUCGUCGUUCAGCUCAUCGCCGUCCCUUAGGAGAUCGCCUUCACCAUCCCCUGCUCUCCCACUCCCAGCGGUCAAACCCGUCGACUCUCCGAAAUUCCUCAGCCUGGGCGCCAAGAACCACCCGAUGUAUUGCGACGAUGCUAUGACUUCUUUUUUCCGUCGUCUAGCAUUCACGCCCGAUGGAAGCCUGCUGUUCACGCCUGCCGGACAGUACAAAGUCACUCACCCGCAAACUCUAGACGGCACUAAAGUCCCCGAUGAUAUCAUCAACACCGUCUAUGUUUACACAAGAGCUGGCCUCAACAAGCCGCCAGUUGCGCAUCUACCCGGCCACAAAAAGCCUUCAGUCGCGGUUUCUUGUUCACCAAUCUUGUACACACACCGGAAACCUUCGCAGACAAAGCAUAUCACUGUCGAUACUUCAUCUGCAGAUGAGACGAUAAGCUCGCUUCCCCCUCCAGCUAUUAGCACCGAGAUGGACCCUCCUGCCACCACAAUUCUACACAACUCACCGCCUACCUCAGCAGGUAUCCCAACGAAUACAGCUUUCGCACUUCCCUACCGAAUGGUAUACGCAGUUGCCACAAAGGACGCCGUCUUGAUUUAUGAUACGCAACAGCAGACGCCGCUGUGCAUUGUUAGUAACUUGCAUUACGCGGCCUUCACCGAUCUUACUUGGUCGCCGGAUGGAAACACCCUCCUUAUGACUUCGACUGAUGGUUUCUGCUCCGUCAUCUCCUUCAAUACUGGCGAACUUGGCAAUAUCUACACCGCAAAUCCCAUCUCUAACCCGAUGGCGUCGGCCUCAUCCGCCCUUUCGCCACCGAUCAUUGGAGCCGAGCCACCUGUCAAGCGUCCCCCAUCCCCAUUCUUGGUAUCUGGUAGCACCGGUCCCAGGAUUCCGGUAAAUUCUUCUCGCAGCAUCAGUGGCUCUGCUAUCAAUACGCCGACGCCAUUCACGCCCGGUUCGAACCCUGAUACGGGAGAUGUUCAAUCGAACCCCACUCCUGUUGUAUCUACUAUCCCAGGGGUUAGCACUAGUGUCAGUGGCUACUCGCUCGGGGCAUCUACGCCAUGGAAAACACCACCAGCCACACCUGCUGCCGCUGCAAACAUCCCCGCAGCAACCGUCCCGCCACCCGCAACUGCUCCACCGGUCCCUACUAAUAAUACAGUACCACCGACAGUCUUGGGUAAGCGGGAGGUGCCAGCUACACCUGACCCUAGUUCCCCGGCGGCAGCCCGGAUAGUGGGCGAUAAUGAGGCGAAUAAAGGUGGGGAUAAGAAGAGAAGACGAGUCGUGCCGACCUUUGUGAGGAAUGUCGGGGAGGAUGAGAAAAUGGAGGAAGGAAGUUAA